UCCAAAAAAACGUAGUGCGGAGGAGUCGAAAAUGUGUUGCGUGCACUGUAGUACUAAGAUUGAUCUCGGACGACUUGUCUCUCACUUCGAUCAAGCUCAUCGGUCUACUUCUGUACAAGAAAACGCCUGCUCAAGGCAGCAGCACAGUGACUUGUGUACUCAAUCCCUAAGCUAUUUUCGUUGAACUACAAAUGGCAGACUGCUCUUGUCGUAUCCUCACUCUAUCUUCUUCGAAGGAUGAUACCUUGCAGUUUCUGCAAAGACUGGCAAAAAGUGACCUCCCGAUAGUAACCGACGAUUCAUCUAUCAUCCCUUGGACUAUCACGAACAAGUACUAUACUGCUGACGUGCACUUUGAAUUCCAUCAUCUCCCACAUUGGAUACCAAAUAAUCACGAGUUGGAAAGUGUGCCCGCCUUGGUGUACACAUGGACUGUCGGAGAGCCAUACCGGGAGAAUGUCCAGAUGAUAUCACAACGCCUAUCACAUCAUGAUUUUGAAGUAUCUCUUGCCAUUCGACUUCCAUCUACUACGCCCGGACAUUUCGGGAAAUCUUCCGCCCAUCAUGUUCAUGGUGGAGUUUCCCGGGCCAUAGAUGCCUUGAGCACGAUCAUGUGGCCCUCCAUGGUACAAACCUCAAAAGGAAGGGGUCUUGGCCUCUUGGCGACGAACCGUGAUAUGGGAGAAGACCUCAGCAGCCUCAUCGCUACGCGCUCCCCAGGAGAGCGUGAUCGCAUGCAACGAGAACUCGAAGAGUUAGAGCAGUGGCUCGAUGAAGAUAAUUUCGGGGGCGAUCUUGACGCAAGUGAGAAAAACAUAAGCAAUGAUCCAUGGAGCGCCGCAGCCACAACCGCCAGCUCGUCACCUACAGAGGGUUCCCCUACCCAGGGCCCCCACAACCACACAUUUGACGAUGAUUUCACCGCUUUCGUGUCUGCUUCAGCGUCAGCGGCAGAUGUUGAAACUCAGUCUGCACAAACAUCUUCUGAGAGACAGAUCCCACCUCUCCCUUCGUUGAGCUUCAGUUCAACGUUCACUUUCGACUCUGGUUCUGAUACCUCCGGACGAUCGACGCCACCUAAUGAGGAACACGACUUUUCCCGCUUAUCCGCGAAUGACUCAAUUGUUGGUGUAUCUUAUAGGUCUUUAGGGUCAGUUUCCGAUUUUGGGGACCCGGAAGUAGAAGAAUCCCACAAACGUGAAGACUCUGACGACGAAAUGCCUUCAAAUUCUGAGAUUGCUGCUACCUCAGAGCGUAUCUUCGGUGCAACGUCUCUUACUUUCUCACCCACUGAUGGAAAUAACACCUGUCCGCUGCAAGAGGAUCUUUUUGUCCCGUCUGAAGUCGAAGCCGCCGACGCGUCAGAGACAGACCUCGAGCGUUUCGACCUGCAAAGCAUGCUGAGCGCGCUUCAGGGUCUUAAGGAGGAAAUUGCGGGAAUGCCUGACUCGCAGGAACGUAAGAGAGCAGCUGCUAGAGUGGCGUUAGGUUUGGUUUAUGGGCUCAAUGGAAAUUCCGAUUGAAAGUACUAAAGAGACUGCAUGCACGGCUGGAAGGUUUUGUAAUUAUCUUACGCGACUAGUCGUAUAGGCGCGUCCCGUGUAAACCGGUAGGCAUUUUGACACUCCAUCUUCCAAACUUCAUGUUGUGCCGCCGUUUGCAUACCCUCU